UCGACCCGUCCACAACUUUUGUUGUAUAAUACAUCAUGGGUUACUUGGGAUAGGCAGGGAGGAGGAACUUGAACAGUGAAUGAUGAGUGUUGGGCGUUGGCUAGUCGGAAGGGAUCCCCUAAACCAGCACCAGGAGUCACAAGCCCCCGGGACUGCUCAAGGAUUAUGACACGGCAAGAACAUACCCACCAGAGCUAGUUGCAACACUCCUGGGCGGUGGAAAGUAAAGUCACUCACGGGUAAAGGUUCCAGGAAAUAUGUUAUAAGUCAUCAUGUUAUUGAAUAUGAAACUGGCAGUUCUACUUACCUUUGGGAUGCUGUUCUUUAAAGGAACAUCAUCACAAUGUCCUGGUGGAUGUGGGCCAUCCCCAUUGCCAGCUUUGAUGCGGAAUCUGGAACUGUUAUCGGAUGAAUUGGAUUCCCUCCCUAUUGGAAAUCGGAGACUGUUUAUUUCCGAUGUAAUUGAAAAACUAGAAAAAUUAAUUCAAGAAACAGUUGCAUUAUUUUUUGGUCUCUCUGUUCCAUCUGGUAACGGAAGGUCUUCUGGUAGAGGCUCAUCACAAGGCGGUGGUAGAAAUCGUCAGGCACAAAGACGUCUGAAUGAUUGCUCGGGAUCUGAUGACUACGAAUGUGAUCAUACAGUAACUUUGCCUCCAGAUGUUGCUUAGCAAUCCUGGGUGGUGGCUAAAGUCAAUCACGGCUAUUCGAAACUUUCAUACAAUUCAUUUUACUAAUGAUUAAAAUUCUUGAAUUAAGGCCUAC